AUGGACCCCGUGUACGAGCGCUACAACGUACGCUGCAUGGAGUUUGUGCGCGCCAUGACAGUCCCACCUGACGACUGUGUACUGCAGCCGGCUGUACCAAUGAAUGUUGUCACAGCACAUUUAGAUCUUUCUCCUGUGUAUGACAACAGUGAUACAGCUAAUAGGAGACUGAGAGAAGGAAGGCGUGGUCGUCUUGCGGUGAAAAAAUUCUGGACGGGAGAAUUUCUGCCAUUGACUCCUAAUAGCCCAGCACCCUGUAAUUCGAGAAAUCCUUCACAAGAUGUAUGCUUCAUGGCCGGCGAUGUCCGUGCUAAUCAGAACCCUCUCAUGACGGCUACGCAUGUGCUAUACCUACGAGAACACAACCGAAUAGCAGAAAGUCUCUCUGUUAUUAAUCCUCACUGGGAUGAUGAACGUAUCUACCAGGAGUCCAGGCGCAUCGCAAUCGCCUGUUACCAGCACAUAACAUACGAAGAAAUGUUACCGCUUUUCAUAGGACUUGAAGCAUUUCAGAAAUAUUUCCAGAGCUAUGCAUAUGAUGAAGAAUUGUGCCCUGGUACAUAUGUUGAAUUCACAAGUGUGUGCUUCAGAUACUUUCACACACUUGUACAUGGAAUUUUGAAGAUAAUGACCGAAGAACGCAAGACCAUUAAGGAGCUUUUUCUGAGUGAAUAUUUUAACGCACCAUCUAUAAUAAUAAAAAAAUUUGAAGAACUGUUGAUUGGAGCAGUUACUCAUUCUAGUAGGAAAGAGGAUGAAAAUUUCGACAGAGAGAUAGCUGAUGAGCUGUUCCGACCAAAUAGGACCACCUUUGGAAUGAGCCUUCCUGACAUUGAUAUACAAAGAGCUAGAGACCAUGGUGUGCCUCCGUACAAUGAUCUGCGUGAUAAAUGUGGGCUUCCAAGAGCAAAUGACUUUGGUGAUCUCAUUGAUACUACCCCUUAUCCAUUUUAG